GGUUGCACGUCCUAGGUCAGGUACCGCACCGCGGGCCGGCAACCAGGAUGCAGGCCCCGCACAAGGAGCACCUGUACAAGCUGCUGGUGAUCGGAGACUUGGGCGUGGGGAAGACCAGCAUCAUCAAGCGCUACGUGCACCAGAACUUCUCCUCACACUACCGGGCCACCAUCGGCGUGGACUUCGCGCUCAAGGUGCUGCACUGGGAUCCGGAGACCGUGGUGCGCCUGCAGCUCUGGGACAUCGCGGGUCAAGAAAGAUUUGGAAACAUGACAAGGGUUUAUUACCGAGAAGCUAUGGGUGCCUUUAUUGUCUUCGAUGUCACCAGGCCAGCUACAUUUGAAGCAGUGGCAAAGUGGAAAAGUGAUUUGGACUCCAAGCUAAGUCUCCCCAAUGGCAAACCAGUUUCAGUGGUUUUGUUGGCCAACAAAUGUGACCAAGGGAAGGAUGUGCUCAUAAACAAUGGCCUCAAGAUGGACCAGUUCUGCAAGGAGCAUGGUUUCGUAGGAUGGUUUGAAACAUCAGCAAAGGAAAACAUCAACAUUGAUGAAGCCUCUAGAUGCCUGGUGAAACACAUACUCGCAAACGAGUGUGACCUAAUGGAAUCCAUUGAGCCGGAUGUUGUGAAGCCUCACCUCACGUCGUCCAAGGUUGUCAGCUGCUCCGGCUGUGCCAAGUCCUAGUAGGCUCCUCUGCUGGCGUAUGAUAGGAGUAAUCCCAUCAUCUCAUGAAUUGUGCCUCCAUUUUUACCAUUUUGGGUAAAUGUCAGGAGAGAGAAACACAUGUGGCAAGCCAAAGAUCUAUACAUGUAUGUUUUUCUAUAAGAGAAAAAUAGCAAAUGUGCUUUUUAUGCUUUUCCCACCAUCAGCAGUGUUUACAAGCUUUUUAAAAAAUAUAUAUAUAUAUUUAAUCUGUUUCAAACUUGCAUCAUGUCAUUGACCAAAAUUCUGCAGGACCAGAGUCAGCCCUGUUGUUUGCUUCUUUCAAUUAGCAAAGACAUCAGGUAUUAAAGAGAAGGUGGAGAAGAACAAACUAGUCGAAAAUUAAGCAUUGGCUUUCGCCUUGCUGUGGUGUCUUUGUCCAGAUUUCAAGAUAUUCUCUGAUGGUCUGACAGGCCUAUCAAGUAGACAUGCUAUUUUCUCCCGAGAUGAUCUCCAUUCUUGGCAGACUUGAGUUACUUCUGACUUAGUUCUCCAGAGUCAUGCACAUAGGCUUUCUGUAGUUUGCUGCCUUCCUUGUCACUUGCCAUGCGCCGAGUGUUGGUUUAACUGAAAAAAGUAUGAAAAGACCUGCCCCUGUGUGUGCCUUUUUUGUUAGCUUUCCUCUGACUCAAGCUGUGGGACUCUUCUGUACCUGUAAUAUAUAUUAUAUAUGUAUUUUCAUAAGUGAACAAUAAAACAUUAAAAGAUGCUGUUUUCCUAU